UCCCUGUUCACCUCCUGUCACUCCAGAUCAGUGAAAGAAGGCGGGCGCCUCUCGCUUACCUCCCCGCGCUGUGAGGCGCUUCGCUCGGUCACGCUGAACUUUGGCAAAGCGCUCUGUGGAUGCUGGCGGGAGUCGUUCCUCUCGGGCGCUGCUGGCACGCGCUGUGGAUGCGAAACAACGGCGAGGUACAAUGACGCACCACAAAUGAACACUUACGCAUUUCACUGCUUUAUUUAUAGUCUUGCGCGCUUUUACGUUGGUGCGAUAAACACGACAAGCCGCUGUUGUAAAUAACCUGAUCAUUUCGCUUUAUCGCGUUUAUUCCGUUUGGUGACAUAGGCUACCUGGCAUUCAGUUUGAGCAAAAUCAGGCACGACACUGGAUGGUCAUGGUUUAGCCUGACGCGAAACGCAAAAUAGCGUAAAGGGAUUUGAGAAGGAAACGAUGUUUCUCUUGCAGGUGACUGUUUGAGGAUGAAGCCAGACGCUGCUGGGAAAGACAGGCGUGAUUAAAAAUCUAACUUAUGUGUGACGUGCCGUGGAUUUACAGUGACUAAAAGAUCCUGGGAUGAAAUAUGGAAGCGAGGAGGAACUCCGCAUACCCCCUUAGUUUGGGAUAAACUCACAUGCCGUAGGAUAUCAGUAUGACAGAGCUGGAGAAACGCCAGUUUAGCUCUGCAUGAAGUUUGGAGUUGUCAAAACCGUGUAUGUGGAUGUAUGUGGCGAAAUAUAUCUGAACAAGACAUCAUGGCAGAACUUUAUGAGAAGAGAUAAUCGUUAUUCGGGUGGACUGAGAGGGGCACAGGGGCGAUGGUGAACUCAUCCCCAGCGGUCGCUGCUCACGCAGAGGGUGAGGAGAUCGAGGUGCUAGAGAGCACUGAUGUCCUUCCCGUAGCUCCAGAGGACCAAUGGAAGUCUCUUUUUGACAAGUAUGACCCAGAGAAUUCAGGCUUUAUCAGUACUGAGCGUUUCCGAGACCUGCUUGAGGCUCAUGGAUCAGAACUGGACCCCCACAAGCUGGAAGUUCUCCUCGCCCUGGCUGACGGAAACGCUGAUGGAAAGAUCUGCUACCAGGAUUUUGUUAACCUGAUGAGCAAUAAGCGCUCAAACAGUUUCCGCCGAGCAAUCCUGCAGGGCAGUCGGCAGCUCAGGAAUUCCGCGCUGAGAGAAGAAGUGGGCUUGGGUCUGUCUCGGAGACUCGUGCGUCACGUUGCCUAUGAGACUUUGCCAAGAGAGGUGGACCGCAAGUGGUACUUUGACAGUUACACCUACUGUCCACCACCAUGGCUUAUGCUGGCCAUCACUAUAACGGAGGUUGUUGUCUUUAUGUAUUAUGGAUUCCAACUCAACCGCUGGGUUCUGCAAGUCUCAUCACCGUACUUCCUGAAGGGCCCAUUACCAUACCACCCACAGCUCAGAGCUCAGGCCUGGCGCUACCUUAGUUACAUCUUCAUGCACGCAGGAAUUGAGCACCUGGGUCUAAACAUGGCCAUGCAACUUUUGGUGGGUGUGCCGUUAGAGAUGGUCCACGGAGCUUUGAGAAUCGGCCUGGUGUAUGUGUGUGGCGUCCUGGCAGGUUCAUUGGCUGUGUCAGUGACGGACAUGACAGCACCUGUGGUCGGUUCAUCGGGCGGAGUCUACGCCCUCGUCUCCGCCCACCUCGCCAAUGUUGUCAUGAACUGGUCAGGGAUGAAGUGUCAGUUCAAGCUCUUUCGCAUGGCAAUGGCUCUGGUGUGCAUGAGUGUGGAGUUCGGUCGUGCCGUCUGGCUUCGAUUCUAUCCCCCAGCCUUCCCACCAUGCCCUAAUCCCAGCUUUGUGGCUCAUCUGGGGGGUGUGGCAGUGGGCCUCACCCUCGGCGUUGUGGUUCUUCAGAACUAUGAACAGCGUUUGCAGGAACAGUCCUUGUUCUGGAUCUUCUUCAGUGUCUACACACUCUUUAUCCUCUGUGGAAUCUUCUGGAACAUUUUUGCUUACGGUCUCUUGGAUGUCAAGUUACCCCCACAUCCAUGAAGCCCAAGAGUGUGUGUUCGUGUGUGGGCGACAUAAUUUAACAGUUGUAAAGGUCGUAAAUGAGAAACAAAUGCUAAGUACCUUAUUGAGUCCUCUUGCAGUUUUGCAGUUUGUGUUAGUGCCUAAACCAUGCCAAGUCGUCAAAAGCAGCUAAAACAGCAGAUUCCAAUUUUUAAGCAACGGUGAAUGUAAAUUUGCAGGAGAGGGUCAAAGGUUGUUGCUUUUUACAGCUACAUGCUUUGUGCCAGCCCUCGAGGGUUGUCAGCAAUAGCACAAGUAUUCAUUUCAAAAUAAAACUUGGGUUUAGUAGCCCCUGCUGGCUUGUCAGCUUUUCGAGGUGCCAGGUAAAAUUAUUUUCAGUUGUUGAAGGAAUGAAUAUAUUUCCUGAAAGCACAGAGCCUGAGGUUGCAUGAGCAAAAAGAGAAAUACCAGUAUUUUAUGAGAACAUUUUAGUAAGUGUUCUAUAUUUUUAUAAACAACUAAAGAUAAUGAGGUAGCAUGAUAGCACUGUUAUGGCUCAUUAUGUGUGAAGGACCUUUUAAAGAUAUUUAAGAGUAGCGAGGAAACAGCUAGUUUAACUUCUAUCUUGCAAACAGAUAGUGUUAUUUUCUGUAAUUAAUGUUUCAAUGUUAAAAGGUCAGUUUAAAGUAACUGCAAUCCCUUAGCAUUGUCAGUGGCGGUCUGCAACAGAUUUCUUUUUUAAUGUAUAUCAGUAUUAUAGUUAAUAAAGCAUUCUAUUAUAUUGUAUUACUGAUAAUUAUGUUCCCAUACAACAGAAGAUUUCUCCUUUACAUAUAAAAAUAUUAGUAAUUAACCAGGUAAUUAAGGUUUCUGACUGGAGUUUGGACUUUUUUAGGUAUUUGUUUGUAACCUGUGGCUUUAAAAAGCCUUCACAACAUACUAAAAUAAUAUUGAAAGCUAAUUAACUUUAAUGGUUACCCCAUUAAUGCCAAAGGAAGUAAAAAGAAGUUUUUUUCCCCUUUUUCAUCAGCAACAUUAUUUGAAUAUUCAUUCUAUCAAUACUAAUCAGAAUUCACACCGAGACACUGGUAUUUGUUUAGUCAUUGAAGCUCCACUGAAAGACCAACACUGUUUUUUUGCUGUUGUUCUUGUUGUUCUUAUUGCUAUCAAGAAAUGUGUUUUGCAGUACCACAGAUUGCACACUUGAUAAGAUGUAUUGAAUCAUAUUUGUUUGUAUAUUUGAAUCAUGUGUUAGUGGAAUGGACAGUACAACCAGGGAGUCAUCAGAACAUCAGAACUCAAGUUCAAAUCAUUGAUCAACUGAAUGAUAACAAAAAAAGUAAUUUACCACUAUACAUGCUACAAAUGAAUUGAUCUGUUCUGUUAUUUAAUAUAUGAUAUGUAUUGCAGUACUUUUUGGACGAAUUGUGAUUGUGUGUCAUCUACUGUACCUCAAAUACUGUAAGUGGUCUAUGUUAUGAAGUUUAUUUCUAUUGGUGCUGUAGUUUUGGACAGGUUGCUGAAUGUCCGUGCCACUAGUAACUGGUUAUCUCCUCUCAGUUCUGUGCACAGUCAUUAUUUACAGCAAAACUGAUCCUGGUACAGCUUUGUAUCUUCUGCCUGCAGAGAGGGAGAGAGAGAGUGUGUGUGUGUGUGUGUGUGUGUGUUGCCACUGAUUCUCUAACAGGAAAAGAGGAACUGAAUAAAACCCUCAAGUUCUGAAAAUGAUUGAAUCCAGUACUUCAGUCCCAGUUCAUACCAGUACUCUGUGAACAACUGGAUCUGCUUUAACAGUGUUUAAGCUACUUUUGAAGUGCCAGUAUACUUUUUGUUUUGCAUUGUGCUGACUUGUGUAAUGUAAUGCUGAGAUGUAAGUAACCUGGGAUUGUGUAAAGGGCUAUGGCGCCAGAAAUAAUGAGUUAACCAAGCAUAUUUUAACAUGCACAUAUUUUGUAGAUUUGAUAUGUAAAUAGGGAGUGCAUUAAAAUCUGUGAUUGGAAAUGGCA